CUCGCUUAUCUGAGCGUUCGCUAAAAGGGCGGCAGCAGAUGCGCCGUCCAUGCCGGGUUUAAGUCCGCUAAGAAGCCACUAGUCCAAUUAACCGAGAGGAAGGCGGAAAUACGCGCACGUAGGCUACUCAAACUAACUCCCUGCUUAGCGCCCGGACCAUGGAUAUGCGCGCCUCCGCGGCGUAUGACGAAGAACAGAAACGACGGCCCGCCGUGACCGAAUAAGUUGGACCCCGGCAGCGACACCGUCCCACUUCAGUGAUACGCAUGUGUCUCUAGAGCGGUUGUAGGAACCUACCGGAGGCGUAGGACUCACACAAUAAGCUCCCCGAGUGUCUGUUAUCGGGCCGCCUGCGCGCGCGCGCGUCACCCGGAGACCCUCCGCAGCUCCCCGGGACCGUUGGUGAGGGGUGCCUUCGUUGACAUGGAAACGUUCACCGACGUGCUGCUCGUCACCGCCAACGUCGGGUCGCUCUUUGACAAUGUGGGUGAAAUUCAAAAUGAGUGGUUACAAGAACUGUAUACGACUGUCCACAGGCACAACCCACAGUUCAUCGCCCUGCACUUCCAGGAGGUGGGAGGAAAGGACUACAUGGUCAACAUGGGCCACGCCGAAAACUUUUUCCGGAACAUUGACUGCAGUGAGGAAAUGAAAGACUUUGACAGGGUCUGCAUCUAUGUGGACAACCAGUUCCAGGCCGAAGACAGCUUCACGGCUUUGGGGAGCUUGUACUUCAUACGCAAGACACUGAAAAACAUCUAUCAGUAUGAUUUUAAUGUUAAGGAAUUCAAAGCGGUGUCGGGACGAAACAAGCAUGUGGGCCCUCUGGAGGGGGUCGCCACCGUGGAGAUUGAAAAAUUCUCAAAGAAUUUCUGGCCUGAUUUCAAGUGGUCCAGAAAGGGCUUCAUGAGGACCCGCUGGAUUAUACACAACCAAGGUCUGGACCUGGUCAAUGUCCACCUGUUCCACGAUGCCUCCAACCUCGUUGCCUGCAGCUCCAGUCCGUCCAUUUACUCAGCCAACCGCAAAAACGCUCUGCGAUACGUCAUUAACAGGAUAUCAGACAGCCGCUACACUCCUCUGCCUUUCAUCGUGUUUGGAGAUUUUAACUUCCGCCUAGACACACUUAGUCUGGUCCAACAUCUGUCCACAGCGGCAGACGUGCAGACGGUGAAGAGGGAAUGCAGCAAUGAAGUGGAGAAGAUCAUCUGUGAGGAAAAAGACAACGACCGCCAGGUGCUGCUCCGCAUCGAGGAGAAGCUGUUUGUCUACCUGCACCACGCGGUUUUCCAGGAGAACAACGGCGGGGAGUUAUUAAAGUAUGACAAAGAAGUUGCAGCCUUUCACGAUGUAAUUAAGGAAGAGGACAUCGGGUUUCCACCCAGCUACCCCUACAGCGAGGAGUACACUAAACCGACCCAGUACAUGAACACCCGCUGUCCGGCCUGGUGUGAUCGUAUCCUAAUGUCGCACUCUGCCCAAGAAUUCAUCCACAAGGGAGAGGACGGAGAGAAGUGCGUUGUUUACAACACAGUGGGUCCUCGUGUGUGCAUGGGAGACCAUAAGCCGGUUUUCUUGUUCUUCUCACUGAAGACGAUUGACCAUUGACUUGGAUCCUUUCAAAUGGUCUCUACCUACACCAUCCUCACAGCUGAGUCUGCAGUAUCAGUACAAGAGGAUAAUCACCAUGAUAGUUACCCGGAACAAACUCGCCCAUCCAGCCAGCAGCGGGGGUCAAUUGAGCGAACACCCGCUGUGAACACCCCGUCCUCACGUCCCACGUGUCUCACACACCGCUGUCUCACUGCCACGUGCUGUCCGAUCACAGCCCGAAGGACGCAAGCGCGCGGUUAUCAGCAGCUGGCGGUUGUUGUUUUCAGAUGAUCUGCUCGCUCUCAGAUCUUAAACCCUGAUACCUGAACGCUUGACAUCACAGAGGAUGUUCCUGCCUUCCUCUAUGGGGACAAAGAAAUGAUGUAAAGACAGAAGUUAUCACAUGGACGUGUGUGCAGACCAUUCCUACCUUUUAAAAUUAUGCCUUUUUCUUCCAGGCAGUGUCAGACAAACCCUGCCACAAAUGUGCUCAGCGCUUAUCGGCCCUGUAUAUUUUAUUAAAUGUCCUCAGCAAGUCAGACCUUUUUGUUCCAACUGAACUGAACUCCACUCCAAGAGGUUUUAUGUUUUUAGUUAGUUGGCUCAAAUAAGGCUUUGCUAAACACAAACAAGAUUGCUAUAAACCCACUAACCUUGUU